GUGAGGGGUUACACGCGCCGUCCCUCGCUCUCUCUCCUCGCCCCCAAACACACGCACACGCACACGCACCCAAGUGGCGGCAGGUGGCAACACUAAGUCUCUUCACCUCUCAUGUUGAGUGGCACAGUGGGCAUGAUUCAGGCACUGUAUCAGUGCCUGUCAUGCAUGUAUGACAGUCAAACUCAUCAUCAGCUUGUGAGAUAAAGAUCACCUGUUGCAUGACCAAAUGGGUGACUCACGUGUGUCUGUCCAACAUAGGUAACGUGUAACAAACAAACAAGUACAUUUUGUCCAUUGAACAUGUGAACAUUACUGGUUAGCCGGCAGUGUGUUCAGUGCGAAUCAUGACGAUAAACAGUUCGUCGUCGUCGUGGGGUGUCGGAGCCCCCGCGUCGAUACCCGCUAGCUAUAGCCUCAACGACACGUUGCUCGUCGGAGGCUUCCACCUGGACGACAACGCCACGCUGGACGACGACAACGCCAGCUUGCCCUGGGACAACGCGACGACCCGUAACCCCAACAUCCUCUCCUACCCCACGGCCCAAGCGAUAUUCUACAUAGAAUACCUCACCAUCUUCCUGCUCGGGGUGUUCGGUAAUUGCCUCGUCUGUUACGUCGUUUUCCGCAACAAGCACAUGCAGAAUGUCACCAACUACUUCAUCACCAAUUUGGCCCUGGCGGACAUACUGUUGUGCGUGUUGGCAGUGCCCUUCACUCCUCUCUACACCUUCAUGGGUCAGUGGAUGUUCGGCCGACUCCUGUGUCACCUGGUGACUAUGGCACAAGGCACCAGUGUCUACGUCUCGACCCUCACGCUCAUGUCUAUCGCCAUCGACAGGUUCUUCGUGAUAAUCUACCCGUUUCGACCGCGCCUUCGACUGUCGAUAUGCUAUCUCAUAAUCAUCAGCAUCUGGCUCUUCUCCAUUUCGGCCACGCUGCCGUAUGCGCUCUACGUCAGACAAGUGGAGUACCAGGACAGGUAUUACUGCGAGGAGCUGUGGCCUUCAGAGUCCAUCCGGCAGGUGUUUAGUGGAUUCACCGCCAUCAUGCAGUUCGUCGUUCCCUUCAUCAUCAUCCUCUACUGCUACGUGAAGAUCUCCGUGCGCAUGAACGAGCGCGUCAGGGCCAAGCCGGGGACCAAGAGCUCCAGAAAGGAAGAAGCGGAUCGGGAUCGAAAGCGCCGGACGAACCGGAUGCUCAUAGCGAUGGUCACGAUCUUCGGCACUUCGUGGCUACCAGUGAACGUGGUGCAUCUGGUGGGCGACUACUACGCGCCGGCCAGCGAGUGGGGCUAUUACAACCUGUGCUUCUUCAUCACACAUGUAGUGGCCAUGUCUUCGACGUGUUAUAACCCAUUUCUUUACGCUUGGCUCAACGAAAAUUUCCGAAAGGAGUUCCAGCUUGUGUUGCCUUGCUUCCAGCAGGCGCCUUCGAAGGACCGCGUGGGCCAGUGGCGCUCAGAGAGGACCUGCAAUGGCAACGAUACCCAGCAGGAGACCCUUCUGCAGCCAGGGGCCGGCGGAGGCACCGCUGGGGGCUCUAUCAGAUCCAUGAGUCGCCAGGUCUCCACCACCCAGGAGAGCCCGGCUAAGGUGAUGACACCAGCCACCGUGGAGAGUCACCCCAUGACUACCUUCACCCAGGCGUCAACACACAACAACGGCGACACACAUGACCAGGCCGUACAGCCCCUGGUCAACGGAGAGGCCUCAGAGUAUGUGUAAACACAGGU